AUGUUGCGAAACAGUCUAAAUGAUUCCGAUUUUCUGGUAGCUCUCCAGAUCAUAAAUCAAAUAUUUAGUUUUGCCUUACCUCUUUGUCGUUUCCUUCAAAAAUCUGAUACUGACUUAGGAGAAGCCAUUGCUAUGACGGAAAAUACAAUUUCUUGCUUAAAAGUUAUACGUCAAGAUGUUACGAAACAGUUUGAAACGAUUUUCAAUAAAGCUCAGGAUAUUGCUUCAAGUAUUGACACCAACAUUCAGAUGAAAAGAGUCAUUUCACGCCAAAAAAAUCGAGCAAAUCCUGUCAUACAAAAUUCAGAAACACCAGUAGUUGACUAUUUUAGGAUUGCCAUUUAUAUACCAUUCAUCGAUCAUUUCAUUAGUCAGCUAGAGGAAAGAUUUGCUAACCAUAAACAAAUUUUCAAAGGUUUUAUGUGUUUGCUGACGGGAGAAAAAUCAGAAUCUGAUUGCAAUGCCUAUGACGAACUUUUAGAUUUGUAUAUUCCUGAUGUGCCUAAACUCGGCAGCUUUAUGAACUUUAGUAGAAAACAAUUGGAGCAAAUACCUAAAGAAGUUUUACUUGCGUGUGCUCCAGAAGAAAUAGCAUUGAUAUGGAACAAGUUACCAGAGCACCUCAAGAAGGAUAAAGAUAUUAUACAAUACCAAUACUGUACAGAUCAUGAUGAGACUAGAGGUUCUGAGGAUGUUAUAGAUGGACCACCCCCAAGAAAGCUAUUUUGUUGUUAUUGUAAUAUUAGAGAUGUACAAAUUAAUGCUGGGGAAAAGGAAUCCAACGAUAACUUUUUAAACAAGUUUUAACUUUUUAUUUGGUUGCAGAUUGAUAAAGAAACAGACGAAAGUAAUGAUGUAGAUGAUGAUACCGCUUUGCGAGAUAUGAAUCCGGACUCUGAGGAGCCCCAGAAGACUAACGACAUACAAGAGCCUGACGAGACUGAAGAGCAUCAUGAGAUUCAGAAGCCUCACGGGACUCAGCAGUCUCACGAGACUCAUGAGCUUCGCGUGACCCAGGAGCCCAACGAGUCUCAGCAGACUCCAAAGACUCGGAUUAGAGUCAGUAACAAGGAAAGAAAACCCCCUCAGAUGACUCAUAGUAUCCCGAACAAAAAACGUGCAGUUGAAAAAUUGGAUGCUGCUUUCGAAAUUCUAACAAAGGCAUCGAAUAAGGAACCACCGCAGGAUCCAAGCGAAUGUCAAAUAUUUGGAAAUCUUGUAGCCAAGAAACUUAGUAAAUAUUCGAACGUAGCACAAACGGCAGUACAAGAAGCCAUCAUGAAUAUUUUAUUUGCGGCAGACAAGGGGUAUUAUAAUCAAUAUCCCGCUCCAAGAGGUUAUCAAUCAAACAAUUAUUCCACAAUCCAAAGCGAACUUGUACAACGUGAUUCGGUUUACCAAGAUACUCAGUUGAUACAAUCCCCAUAUUCACCCCGUCCCGCAGCUCAUUGGGAUUUUGCAACUGACGCAUCAUCCCAAGCGCCUCAGUUUUCACCGGUACCACUGCCACUAAUAUCUCCAGCAUCAGCAAGUUCACAAUGCUCGGGUAUGACAAAUUAUUCCGCUUCUACCAGCAAUCCACCCCCAUUUACCAGUGCAACAUUACUAACUGAUUUAAACUUGCCAGAUAAUUAA